AUGGCGGGGUCGUUUGACGACCCGGAUUUAGCGGUGGAGGACUACAUUCCCAAGGACAAGGAUGACAUGCAGCUGAUGCGCGAGCGAUGGUCCAAGCUGCUGCUGGGAGACGACCCAUCCGGAGGGGCUAAGGGGUGCGGCCCUGCGCUAGCCAUGGCCAAUGCUAUCACUAGCGUCUCAGCAUCCAUCUUCGGGGAUGGGCUGCGGCUGCGGCCGCUGCCAGAGGAGGACGAGCGCAAGUGGAGGAGGGAGAUGGGCAUCAUGGUGUCGGUGUGCCGCCACAUCGUGGAGCUGGCACCUGCAUGGACCACUCGCCCUGACGGGAGCAGAUUUGAGCUGGCGCCUGCUUGGACCACUCGCCCCGAUGGCAGCAGAUUCGAGGUGUGUGGAGGGGGGACAUGGUUGAGGGUCAGGGGCAGUGCAGGGGCAGAGACAGGGGCAGAGACAGGGGCAGAGACAGGGGCAGAGACAGGAGCAGAGACAGGGGCAGAGACAGGGGCAGAGACAGGGGCAGAGACAGGGGCAGAGACAGGGGCAGAGACAGGGGCAGGGGCGAGGAAGGGUGUCCGAGCUGACCUUCGGAUUCAGCUGCCGGCGCUCAGCCAGCUUGAUACCAUGCUGCUGGUAAUGCCCCGCCUUCUGGUGUUCUCCUCACUCCGUUUCCCCCCGCAUGCACAAGUUCGGUUUCAGCUGCCGGCGCUCAGCCAGCUGCUGGCAACUUGUGCUGCUCGUAAUGCCCCCAUUCUGACCAUCCUGCAGCACAGCCAAUCAGACGAGUACUACUACGAGGACGAGCUGCCAGGUGGCGACCUAACACAGGAGGACGGGGAGGAGGACGAGGAGGGGGAGGACGAAGAGGAGGUUGAGGAGACAUUGCGUGGCGACGACGACGACGAUGACGACAGGGAGAGCUUCGGAGCCGGCAGCACGGGCGGCAGCAGCAGCGGUAUGGGCGGCGGCAUGGGCGGCAUGGGAGGGUCGGCUGGGGAUCUGUACGGUGCACCGGAUCGUCUCAUCAGGCGCAGCGCCACAGCCCCCUCGGAGCGGCCUGCCACUCACGCCGGGCCGUAUGGGACUGGAGGGAUGAGCGGGCGGUUGGGAGGAGUGGGUGGGGAUGGUGGGGAGAGGGGAGGUGGGGGGCGACGGGGAGUGAGCCACGGGUCUGCACAUAGUUCGGCGCAUGGUUCGGCGCAUGGUUCGGCGCAUGGUUCGGGGCAAGGUUCGUCGGUUCACGGGUCGUCCCCACGAGGGUCUUCAGCAGACGAGGAGGAGGAUUUUGCUGAUGAUGAGGGGCAGUACAGCCAGGGAGGGGAGUUUGACGACAGAGGCACGUUGCACACAGGGAACACCAGAGACACAGGAGACGCGGGAGAGCGGGGAUCAGGACACGGAGGGGACGGGGGCUCAGGGCACUACAGACGGCUCUCCUCCCCUGGGUUUGAGGCAGAGAGGCACGGUAGUGAAGAGGACCUGAUGCAGCAGCGGGGCGGAGGAGGGGGAGGAGGGGAGGGCGAGGAUGCGUGUAGCAGUGGGAGUAACACGGGGAGCAACGCAGGGAGUAACACGGGGAGCAGGGAGGGGUCGAGUCCAAACCCCGGGUCAUCCUGGGGUUUUCAUCAGCGGUCCAGCAGCACAGCUGCUCCUGCUGCUCCUGCCUCUUCCUCAGGUGUUCCUUCAGGUGCUUCUCCAGGGUCGGGGGGCAAGCGGCGGGUGUCGUCACGCUCCUCGAGCUUCAGCUACGACUUUUCGGCGCUUCUAGGGGGUGGAAGGAGCCGCGGCGGCGGCGGCGGAUCUGUUGCUGCUGCUGGCGCAGCAGGGGGAGCGUCAGGGGGAGGGACAGGGGCAGGAGGGGGGAUCCCUCCCGGUGGCAGCGGUAUCAUGCGGGGACUCAAACGCAGCGUGACUGAUGUGAGGGACAAGAGGUUCAUCCCAGAAGGCAUGGGCGGGGGAGCCAUGGGAGGAAUGGGAGGAGGAAUGGGGGGAAUGGGAGGAGCAGGAGUGGGAGGAGGAGAGGGGGCAGGAGGGGGCCGGCAGGUGUGGCGGUGGAAGAUGAAGCCGCGAGUGCGGGGGCCGCUGGGGGAGGCGCUGGUGCGGUGGUUGGAGCAGCAGAUGGAGAAGACGAGUCAGAUCAUGAAGCUCGCCAUGACCAUCAACCAGCAGGUCCUUCAGGACAUGCAAGUCCCCGACGCCUUUGUGCAGCGCCUCCCCAAGGUAAGACCUCCCUCCCCAAUGUACUGCCUGCCUGAGUGCGCGAUGGUGGUGGGUUGCCUUCACGUCAACCCCUCCACACAUGUCAAACUGCUCUUCUCUCUGAUCCACAUCCUUCCUUCCACCCCUGCACGUACGCCCACCCAUCCACCCCCCCAACCCUCCACCCCCCAACCCCCCGCCUCUCCACCCCUCAACCCUCACCCCUCCCCUCUCUCGUCAGAACGUGAGGGCGGUGGUGGGGGCAUGGUGGUGUAUGCAGCACUGCACGCCAACCCGUUCACGGACGACAAGCUGCUCUCCAUGGUGGACCUGUCCAAUGAGAAGCGGCUUUCAAACUGUGCCUCUCCACCUGUUUCCUUCCCACCCGUCCCUUCCCCCCACCUACUCCCAUCAGAACGCGAGGGCGGUGGUGGGAGACAGGCUGUAUGCAGCGCUGCACGCCAACCCGUUCACGGACGACAAGCCACUCCCCACUUUGCUCACCAACCUUCAUGCCAACCAUUACCGCCCGACUUCUCCACACCUACACUGUUCCCCACUUCAGAACGUGAGGGCGGUGGUGGGAGACAGGGUAACGUGAGGGCGGUGGUGGGAGACAGGGUGUAUGCGGCCCUGCACGCCAACCCCUUCACGGACGACAAGCUGCUCUCCACCGUGGACCUGUCCAAUCAGAAGGCGGCUCUCAAGCUCGCCUGCAAGCUCGAGGCUGCCGAGCAGAUCUGGAUGCGCCAGCUCGCGAUCGCAAGGGAGCCCCAGCUGAGCCACACGCUGGGCGGCAGUUAUUUGUCCACUAGCAGCCGGGACGUGGUGCGGUUGGAGGAGAGCCUGCAGCGCGUCUCCUCGUGCCUUGCUGCCAUCCGCCGCAGAUGGCCCGACCUGCCCCAAACUACUCUGGAUCUUGCCAAAAUCGCGUUCAAUGGGGUAAGCUACGCUACCUCAGUUCAGAGAUAUCAGAGGGGAAGUCAGGAGAGCCUGCAGCGCGUGUCCUCGUGCCUUGCUGCCAUCUGCCGCAGAUGGCCCGACCUGCCCCGCACCACUCUUGACCUAGCCAACAUCGCAUUCAAUGGGCUGGAAGGAGCAGCAUCCAACAUCCGGUCACGAAUCCGGGAUGUGCUGCACGCCAACUACCUCUUCCUCAACCCGCAGCAGUUCGUGGACCUGCCCUGCGACCCGCACCCUCAAGGCCUGCGCCACCCCACCUUCAGCCUGCUCAUGCCCGAAACCUCUUCCUCAACCCCUUUCCCCAUGCAUCCCAUGCCUCCCUCCCCUCCCCCCCCCCCACCACCUCCCCCAUGCUGCCUGCAGGACAUCGGCAAAGCAGUCCUUGAAAGCUACUCGCGGGUGCUGGAAGGAGCAGCAUCCAACAUCCGGUCACGAAUCCGGGAUGUGCUGCACGCCAACUACCUCUUCCUCAACCCGCAGCAGUUCGUGGACCUGCCCUGCGACCCGCACCCUCAAGGCCUGCGCCACCCCACCUUCAGCGUGCUCAUGCCCGAAACCGUCUUCGACGCCGUCUCCAUGUCCAGUGAUAAUAGCGAAUCCACCAAUGGCAGCGUCCGGUCCUUCGACUCUAGUCGCAGCGGCGGGAGCGCGCGGUCGGGGAAAGGCGCGCGGGGCGGAGGGGGUGGGGGGCCGGGAGGAGGAGGGGAUGGAGGAGGCGGGCUGGGUGCAGCGGUGGGAGUGGGGAUGGCGCCGGCAGGGCCGGGGUAUCCGGGUUCGGGGGUGCUGGGGAAGGCGUCGGCCAAGUGGGAUAUGCGGCCCCCGCGCAGCCCUGAGCUGCGUAGCCCCUUGAUUUCAGGCGCCAUGGGCCGGCUGUCUGUCGGUGGCGGUGCUGUGCCUGGUGGCGGGGGUGGCGGCGGUGGCAGCAGCGGAAGCGGGAGAUACAUGCGGAGUCCUCUUCAUGGGCGGAACACUUCAGGUGCCGGCUCAGGCGCUGGUGUCGGUGGUCCCGGUGGUGGUGGUGGUAAUGGUGGUGGAAUGGGUGGGGGAGCAGGUGGGGGUGGGGGUGGGAUGGUGUAUCCCCCUUCUGGGUCAGGGGGAGGUGGAUCUGGGGGAAGCUCACCCUCCGCCAGUCCCAGCCGAGCCAUGCUAGGGGACAGGUUUCUCAGGCGCACUGGGUCGCUGCAGCCUAGGGGAAAGCGGGGAAACCGGGCGUUGGGGAGGAGUCAGAGCGGAGGGAUGGCAGAUGAAGUGAUGUGUGGGAUGGGAAUGGGCGGCGGUGGUGGUAAUGGUGGUAAUGGCGGUGGUGGUGGUGCUGGUGGUGGUGGUGGCGGUGGUGGGGUAGGAGGAGGGCGUGGAGUGGGGUCUCCUGGUUACCAGGUUUCGCCUUCUCGUGGGCCGGUGCAAUUCUCGCCGGCUUCCCUUCUUCUCGCCGCAUCUGCCGGCGCGCUGCUCGCGGAUUGGUCUGCUCUCCCCGCGGCGCAAGCGCUGCCGUUUUUGCUCCCGCCUGCCGGCUUCCGUCUGUACGUGGAUCGGCUCGACGGCUACUCGUUCUUCUACCCCGACUCGUGGGUCGAGUUGCGCAUUUCCCGAGCCCUCUUCACUCGCCCUCCGCCGCUGUUUCUCCGCCAUUCUCACCGCCAUUCCUCCCGUCGUUCCCGCCGUCAGGUGCGGGGAUCCGGGCAGGACUGUUUCUUCCGCAGCUCGUUCAACCUCGACGAGAACGUGAGCGUCGAGGUGUCGUCGCCCUCGUCGUCCCGAUUCGCGUCUGUGCGGGACCUGGGAGCCCCCCAGGCGGCAGGGGAGCGAGUAGAGAAGCAGCUUCUAACGGAGUUCAUGUCCACACGCCUGGGCGUGCGGCGUGAGGCCUCCCUCAUCUCCUCCGCCAACCGCAUCGUGCCAGCUGGCACCGGGAGGAGAGGCGCCGGGGAGCAGGAGGAGGACGCUGAGUACUAUGACGUGGAGGUGAGGGGGCGUGGGGGAAAGGGGGAGGGGUUGGAGGGGAGUGGGGGGGAGGGGUGCGGAGGAGAGGGCAGGGGAGGGGUGGAGGAGAGUGGAGAUUGUUGGGGAGGACACGAGAACGAUGACGUGGAGGUGAGGGGAGUGCGGAUUGAGGAGGGGAGGGGGAUUCUGGAGGAUGGGGGCGGGAAUUUCAAUUGUUUCACCAAAUGCUUACCACCCUGUCCCCGCCCUCUCUCCACCCUCUCCCACCCUUUCCCUCCCUGCAUCCUCCGCUCCUCCCCAUCCCUCGCUCACCUGCAGUUGAACGUGAAGUCGUUUGCCAACAACAACCAGCUGGCCAUCAUGCCAGACGAGCGAGUGCAGGUGCUCGAGUGGAACCGCCGCUACCUCACAGUGCUCGCAGUGGCCAACAGACGCCUCUACCAGCUGCGCCUGCAGGUGCCCGAGAGGCUGUUGGAUUCUGAGAGGCCUGUGCUGCGGCAAGUCAUGGACUCGUUCCGCGUGUUCAGUGUUGCCGAUUAG